GGUGCUAGUUUGCCACUACAACUCGCAAGAUAGUUUGAAGAUACUCGACCAAUUUUUGUUCGACUCUUGUAUUGCUGCGGUGAAAAUGGCUUGGGAACGAAAUCGUCUCCGACUGCUCUGUAUGCUGUCCAUUACUUUUGCGUUUUUCAUUGUUGAGGUUGUCGUCAGCCGUAUGACUGCUUCCCUGUCAAUGCUGUCGUACUCUUUCCAUAUGCUGCCGGGUGUCAUUGCCCUGGUUGUGGCCCUGAUUGCUGUGCACUUCUCCGAGAAAACUCAAGCAACGAGUCAAAAUACUUUCGGAUGGAUCAGAGCAGAAGUGAUGGGUGCUCUGGUCAACGCCGUAUUCCUAACUGCCAUGUGCUUUACCAUCAGUAUUGAGGCAGGCGAGCGGUUCACAGUGCCUCACGAGAUUGAAAGUCCCCGAGUGGUUAUUGGAGUUGGAGCUGCGGGACUUCUUGUAAACUUGCUCGGUCUUUUGUUGUUUCACGAACACGCAGGACACGGUCACUCGCAUGGUGGCUCUCAUGGAAUUAACACACUUCACAAAUCCGAGAGAGUAGGGAGAGAAUCCUUUGAAGAUGAAACCAGUAGGCCUAUCCUGUUUGAUUGCAGUCUGAAGACAGGGGAUCUCAGAGCAGGUCCAGGAGGAGAUCACGGUAUGUCUGUCUUUUAUGUUCAAUACACCACAGAAAUCCCCAAUAAGGACAACCUUGUGGUCCACAUGAAGGACAUCACCCUGGAGGAUUGGAACGAGAGCCAUCAUGACUCUGCUUCACAGCUCAACAUGCAGGGUGUCUUCCUCCACAUGCUGGGUGAUGCCCUCGGCUCUGCCAUUGUUGUGGUCAACGCUCUCACCUUCACCUACGUGUGGCAGCCUUGCCAUGCUGGAGAGACCUGUGUCAACCCAUGCUACAACAGCCACGACUACACUGACCACCACCAACAACAUGUCAAUGUUACACUGAUCACCAUGCUUGGUAGUAGUACCCAGACUACAGUGCACCUCGCUGGCCCUUGCUGGGUGCUCUACCUCGACCCCACACUCUGCAUCAUUAUGGCGGGCUUCUUACUCUAUACCACCUUCCCUCUCCUGAAGGAGUCAGUCCUCAUCCUCCUGCAGACUGUUCCUAAACAGAUAGACAUGCCCCAGCUGCUGGGGAGGCUCAGGGGCCUGGAUGGUGUGUUGGCUGUCCACGACCUACACAUCUGGCAGCUGGCAGGGAGCAGGAUCAUUGCCACGGCACACAUCAAAUGCCUAGACCCAGCUUCCUACAUGGGUGUGGCCAUGCGAAUCAAAGGCCUCUUUCAUGAUGAGGGUAUCCAUGCCACAACAGUUCAACCAGAGUUUGUUACUGUUAACUUUGAAUCUAAUAUUUAUGUCUGUGAGCUGUCCUGUGGGAAGCAGUGUGCCCCGAAGCUGUGCUGUGGAAACUUUGACAGAACAGGACUGGGAGGACAAGUUAGAGAAGAGGUUGUUUCUUAUCAGUAUCACUCAAUACAACACGCCAACCUCAAUACAACAGUCACCCUCUGCAGUGACCAUCAAGCUACUGUAACUGCCACGCAGAGCCCCAAGGCUGCCAUUUAUACAGAGGCAAAAUCCUCAGUGUCACAAUGAAUGUGAUUAUACUUUGGGAACUUGAAACAUGUUGAUAGGUUCAAUUUAACUUUAUAUAGUAUACUUUGUG